CAUUUGCGGGUCAUCGUAAGCCACAGUAGCAUCUGCCCAUGGCCCCAGCUGGUACACAGGCCUCCCUUGGCUCUGCUGUGAUGCCUCGACAGACCCCACAGCAGUUUUUGCUGGCCACCCCUCGAGGAGCAUAUACCACAGUGUAUGUCAAGGACAGGCAGCUGCUGAAUUGGCCCAAGCACGUGGAGCGGCUGGAGAAGUCCCUCAGCGCCAUGCACACGGCCAUAGCGGGCUUCUACGAUGCAUACUACUCGUCGCUGGCGGCUGCAGGGAGACCAGAGAGCGCCGUGCUGCAGCAGCUGCUGGGGCCGCCCAUCCGGGAGGCCUUGGCGCAGGAAUCGGUGGUGGACGAGGACCUGAUGCUGAUGAUUGUCAUGGUGCCCGAGCCGGCGCAGCCCUGCGGCCUGGACGUGCGAGUGCUGGCAUACCCUUCCGGGCUGGCCGGCAGCAACAGUGCGGGUGAAGCCGUGAUUCUGGGGGGCCCUCGCAAAAUCCCAGUGGGCAAGGACUCUGGCUGGGUGGCUGAACGCCAGUCUCUGGAGCAGCAGAAGGGCGAGGCAGUGGAGGUGCUGUUGAGCGCGCAGGAUGGGCGUGUUCUGGAGGGCCUGGUCACCAACCUGUUUGUGGUGACCGGAGGCAGCGGCAGCAGCGACGGCCCGCCGGUGGUGUGGACCGCAGGCAUGCAGGACGGCGUGGUUUGGGGCACGGUGCGGGCAGCGGUGCUGGAGGCGUGCAGCCAGCUGGGCAUCGAGGUGCGGGAGGAGGCGCCCAGCAUGGACGGCAGGCACGUGUGGCGGGAGGCCUUUGUCACAAACGGCCUGCGCCUGGUGCAGCCCCUGCGCACCAUCUCCUGCGGCGCCGGCAAUGUGUGGGGCCACCCGCCGUGGACGCUGGACCUGCCGCACGUGCCGGGCCCCGUCACCACGGCGCUGAGUGCUGCUGUCCUGGCCCGGCUGCCAGCUGUCCAUCCCCGUGACCUCUGAGCCUCUGCCUGGGUGCUUGGCUGGUCUGUCAGGGGCAUGCCGUGACAGCCUGGCAGAGUCUGCAGCACCUGGCGCCCAGCAUAAACAGCAUCACUGAUGGUGAGUUCGCCAUGCAGUUACAGCUGGCAGAAGCCCAUACAACUGCUAUCUUUCUUCUCUGCUUACAAUCGUUGCUCGUCUCCCUGAUUAACUGUUCUUACUUGUCCUCUCCUCUCUCUUCUCUCAUAACUUCUUUUUCAGUAACCUCUCAUAAAGC